ACUUUUGGGUCAGUUGGCUGGGACAGGAGGGAGGGAGCCAACAGUCCCUGGAGGGCCAAAUUAAACUAUAGGCACCUGGGAACUAGGCUUAUCAAGGACCAUUAAAGAAGAUCCCUGCAGGAGAGGGGUCGGAGGGCAGAAAGAAAGGAGUGUUGGGGCAGCUCCUGUGGUCCAGGUUGGAGGAGUUUGUAGGGGCAUACGGGGCAUCUCUUGUAUGGUGCCUUAAGAGGGAGUCCUCUAAAAAAAAAAAAAAAAAAAAGAGGGAGUCCCCUAGGCCUUUCAGUGAUUGGCAUUUCCAAUCCUGGUGGCUAUCCUUGGGAACAGUGUCAGGAUGGAGGUGAAAUUGCUGGGGACACAUUGCACCCCCAAGAGGUUAGCCACUCCCUGUGUGGUACCGUCUAGAGCCCCCCUGCCCCCAUCCAAAGGUGAGGACAGGCCCUCUGCUGAUCCUACCCCACCUUUCUCUUCAGGGCCAGCUCACCCCUCCCAGGCCCUUUGUCACUGAGGCCCUCAGGCCCCAGUGGUUCCAGUGAGGGGAGGGCCUGAGCUUGAGCAGGCCAGCAGCUCUGGGCCCCAAACCGGUUUUCCCACCUCUACUGAGGCUGGCACAUCACCCAUGUGGUUCCCUGCCCCCACCUCCUCACAGUUCCUCCUCUCCCCACCCUGGAAUGUGGGGGCGGGGGAGGGGGGUUGCAGGCAGUUAUCCAAGUCAUCUUUUUAAACAAGAAGGUGGAAUGACUUUCCCUUCCGUACCUCUGACUCUCAGGGAUUCCCUCCAGGCCUUGAAGGCUUCAGAACUAAGUGAAAGCAAAAAAGCAGUUGGGAUUCCCAGCCCCCACCCUGGCCCCCAUCCAGUCCCCAUCUGAGCCCUGGAGGAUGAGACAAGGAAGCCCAGCCUACCCCCUGGCCUGCUCUGGAGUAAAUAUGUGGGAGCAGUAGCCUUCUCACCAGGUGCCCCUGGCCAAUCCAAGGCCCUCACCUCAAAUACCAACAAGGCAAAUACUUCCAUUUGUCUCUUGCCAACAAGAACACCUCUUUUGCUGGAACUGAGAUUAUCUCAUUAAUGAUAACACCAACUGACAUUAAUAGGGCUCUUGCUGUGUGCCAGGCUCUAUGCUAAGUACUUUAGAUGCUCACAAAGCCCCUAUGAAGUAGGUAAAACCAUGAGAAAACACAGAACAGAAAGGUUCAGUAAUGUGCCCAAAGCCAAACCACUAGUCUGUGGCAGAAGCAAGCUCUCUCCCCAGGCUGACUCUAGAAGUGCCCCUUUACUAAGGAAUUCCUAACCCUAACCAUAUUCCUAAAGGAAUUGGUUACUGACUCAGUUUCUAACCCAUGGAAGAAUAGCUCUUGGAGAUGAGGGAUGUGGAAGUGUCUACAGGAGCUCUUGAAGCUCCUGUACCUAUAACUAACUCCUGUUCCCCCAGUCCCCAAAUACAGGUCUUAUGUAAAUAUCCUUCCCAUUCUCCCUGUUACUCCUUAGGGACGGUAGGUGAGAACCAUCCCCAUUUCACGAAGGAGGAAAUAGGGUUAAGGACUAUAAAUGACCUGCCCAAGACACUGGCCUUGAGCUCUGAUGCUCUCCCUGGGAGUCUGGGUUACAUAUAAAAUGCCUCACUGGAACACUACUUGGCGGGUGGGGGGCAGUGGUGUGGGGAUGGCCCUAUGAGCACAGAGCUUUGAGGAGGGACCUAGCAAGGAGGCACUGUCACCCAGCCUACCACACAGUCCAGAUGCGAAGCAGCUGGUGAUUAACAAUGGACCCCCAGAUAAAGCUGACAAACACUGAGAUGCUGCCUUCACUUGGGACUGAUUGCUAAAGGACCCUGGAGGAGUUUCCUUGUCCUGAGGAUACUGAUGCAGGGGUUCUAGAGGCCUGGUUGGCUUUGGCAGUUCCCAGAGUGGGCCAAUGUCUGGUGAGCAGUUGGCAGAGGUGAUUUCUUUUUGGGAGGUGGACAAGACAAACCGCCUUUUCAAAGCUGGGGCCUGAGAGGAGGUAGCGGGAGGGGGGAAACUACAACUCCCAGAAGCCCUUGCUCCCCAGCGAGUCGAGUAUGGUUGCCAUGGUUUCAGAAAACAAUAUGGCCGCUCCCAGCUGGGAAGUGAGUCUGGGUUAGAGAGGCAGAGGAGGAUCUGCGCGGCGGCAGUGGCGAUAGAGGAAGCUCUUGAGGGGUCGUGAGGUUGGACCUGGACGCUGCACAGCUGGACCGGCCUGACCUUUCUGAGGGCGCCAAUGGCGGGCAGCGUGGACGAGGAAGCGCUGCACCAACUGUACCUGUGGGUAGACAACAUCCCUCUGUCCCGGCCCAAGCGAAAUCUCUCCCGGGACUUCAGUGACGGAGUCCUGGUCGCAGAGGUCAUCAAGUUUUACUUCCCCAAGAUGGUGGAGAUGCACAAUUAUGUUCCUGCUAACUCUCUCCAGCAGAAGCUGAGCAACUGGGGUCACCUGAACAGGAAGGUGCUGAACAAGUUGAGCUUCUCUGUACCAGCUGACGUGAUGCGCAAGAUCGCACAGUGUGCCCCAGGCGUGGUGGAGCUGGUGCUCAUUCCACUGAGGCAGUGCCUGGAGGAGCAGCAGAGGCGCAGGAAGCAGGGCACCAGCUCCUUACAGGAGCUGGCUCCCCAGGAUGGCACUGACUACAUGGAUGUGGGUUUGUCCCAGAAGGCCCGAGGGGAAGGUGCUCCAGACCCCCAGGGAGGGGGGCAGCUCAGGGUGGGCCGGCUGCCUGUGCCCCGGCCUCUGGGGUAUAGCCAGGCGCUGCAGGGCGACCGAAGCUUCGUCCUCCAGAUUGCUGAAAAGGAGCAGGAGCUGUUGGCCUCGCAGGAGACUGUGCAGGUCCUGCAGAUGAAGGUGAGACGCUUGGAGCACCUGCUCCAGCUCAAGAACGUGCGCAUCGAAGAUCUCUCCCGGCGGCUCCAGCAGGCGGAGCGUAAGCAGCGGAGAAUGGACUGCUUUCCAGAACCUAGAAGCCACAUGCAGAGACCUGGCAUGCACCCCAAAGCAGUGCCUGACACCAGAGGGGGUUCUGCCUUGGUGCUCCCUGUGCUGGACCUUGGCGGGGUGGUCCCCCAGCUCGGUCCGCACCCCUAGAACCCGCUCCCUGCCCAGCUCUGAUGACAGCAGCGUCUCCAUCCAGGCUAGUCCUCUGUACCCUGGGCCAAAGGGGAGGCUGCCCCAGACAGCUGAGGGGCUUCCUUGCCCCUCCUGGGCACUCACCUGGGACCCAACUGGAGGCUGGAAAGUGCAACAGCUGAAGAGAACGGGGUGAGGAGUGAGCUCAGCCAGGAGUGGGGAAGACAUGGGCUGUGCCUGUUCCAAUUGCCCUCCCCUCACACGGGGUAUGUUAAGAAUGGCUGGGUUGCCCCCAUUAAAGGUAUG